AUGCGGGCACCAGCAGCAGGUGAUCGCGGGGCUGUGUUGCUCUGUGACCUGAGGCAGGGUUUGGUCGUAGAAAGGAUACGGUCCCCCAAAUCUUGGAUUGAAGAGGUCUUCAGUAAAAGAGAAUGUGCACACAUCAUUCCCAGUUCAAAAGAUCCUCACAGGUGUCCUGCAGGCUGCCAGGUGUGCCAGAAUUUGAUCAGAUGUUGCUGUGGACGGCUGAUUGGAGAUCACCCAGGAGUAGACUGUAGCUGGCCUGUGUAUCAGGCUGCCCUACAGAGAAAUGAUGGAGAAUGGUCUGUGCAAAAACACACGAAGACGAGUCCAACGGAUGCAUUUGGUACAAUCAAUUUUCAAGAUGGAGAUCACACUUACCAUGCCAAGUAUAUUAGACUCUCUUAUGAUAGCAAUUUGGAUCAGCUGUUGCACCUGAUGGUUAAAGAAUGGCAGAUGGAAUUGCCAAAGCUAGUGAUCUCUGUUCAUGGAGGCAUUCAAAAUUUCAAGCUUCCCUCAAAGGUCAAGCAGGUUUUCAGCAAAGGAUUGGUGAAGGCUGCUGAGACUACAGGAGCAUGGAUAAUUACAGAAGGCAUCAACAGCGGAGUGUCCAGGCAUGUGGGGGAUGCACUGAAAGGCCGUGCCUCACCACAUCUGAGAAAGAUCUGUGCUGUUGGGAUUCCCCCAUGGGGUAUCAUUGAGAACCAGAGGGACCUCAUUGGAAAAGAUGUAGUCUGCCUGUACCAGACUCUUGGUAAUCCACUCAGCAAGCUAAGUACCCUCAACAGCAUGCAUUCUCAUUUUCUAAUGGCAGAUGAUGGGACAGUAGGCAAGUAUGGGAAUGAAAUGAUGCUCAGGAGGAAUUUGGAGAAGUACAUAUCACUUCAAAAAAUACACACAAGAAUGGGCCAAGGUGUACCCGUAGUUGGGUUGGUGGUGGAAGGAGGCCCCAAUGUGAUCCUAAUGGUGUGGGAGUACGUGAGGGCCAGCCCAGCUGUCCCCGUGGUGGUCUAUGAGGGCACUGGCAGAGCUGCAGAUAUCCUGGCUUUUACCCACAAACACACGGGUGAUACAGGGGAGCUGCGCCCUCAAGUGAAGGAGGAGGUCUUAGUGAUGAUUCAAAACACAUUUAGCUUGGGACAGAAACAGUCCAGUCAUCUAUUUCACAUUUUGACGGAAUGCAUGGAGCACAGAGAGUCAAUAACCAUAUUUGAUGCGGAGUCAGAAGAUCAGCAGGACAUUGAUUUGGCAAUUCUGACUGCACUCUUGAAAGGUACAAAUAUGUCUGCUUCAGAUCAGCUAGAUUUGGCGUUGGCCUGGAACCGGCUAGAUAUUGCCAAGAAACACAUAUUGGUUUAUGGACAACACUGGAAGGUUGGUGCCUUGGAACAGGCAAUGCUGGAUGCUUUAGUGAUGGACCGUGUGGAUUUUGUGAAGCUAUUAAUAGAGCAUGGAGUGAACAUGCACCGUUUUCUUACCAUAUCUCGUUUAGAAGAACUCUACAAUACAAAACAAGGACCAUCAAAUCUACUUUUGCAUCACCUAGUUCGAGAUGUGAAACAGAAUACCCUUUCCUUGGAUUACAAGAUAUCACUGAUUGAUAUUGGGCUGGUGAUAGAGUACCUCCUUGGUGGAGCUUAUCGGAGCAGCUACACAAGGAAGCAUUUCCGAAUUCUCUACAAUGAUCUCUACAGAAAACACAAGCAUCAGAGUAAUCAGAUAGGUAGCAGAAUGGGAUCUGCUGAAAAUACUUUGCAUUCUCAGUUCUUCAGAACAGCACAGCCUUACAAAUACAAGGAAAGAUCCACUGCUUUCCAUAAGUGUAAGAAAAAAUCAAAAGAGGAUAUAAACUUUGCAGAGAACUAUGAGUCGUCUGGAUUUAUCUAUCCCUAUAAUGACCUCCUGGUUUGGGCAGUAUUAAUGAAAAGGCAGAAGAUGGCAAUGUUCUUCUGGCAGCAUGGAGAGGAAGCCAUGGUCAAAGCCGUUGUGGCUUGUAAACUCUACAGGGCAAUGGCACAUGAAGCUAAACAGAGCAACAUGGUGGAUGACACUUCAGAAGAACUCAAGAAGUACUCAAAGGAAUUUGGGCAGCUUGCUUUAGAUGUGCUGGAGAAAGCAUUCAAACAAAAUGAGCAGAUGGCCAUGAAGCUGCUGACCUAUGAACUGAAAAACUGGAGCAACUCAACUUGCUUAAAAUUAGCAGUUUCUGUGGGGCUGCGGCCUUUUGUAUCCCAUACUUGCACACAGAUGCUGCUGACUGAUAUGUGGAUGGGACGCCUGAAGAUGCGGAAGAACUCCUGGUUUAAGGUCAUUAUGAGUAUUCUUCUGCCUCCCACCAUCUUGAUGCUGGAGUUUAAAAGCAAGGCAGAAAUGUCUCAUGUGCCUCAGUCUCAAGACUUCCACCAGUUCACAUGGUAUCAUGGGGAUCAGAGCACAGUCAGCUCUAAAGAUGCCUUGUCUCUGAAGGAUUAUGAUGUGGAGAAGAUUGCUCAGAAGUCUGAUGAAAGCCAAGUGGACAGUGGACAAGGAAACCUGCCUGGCACUAGAAAAAUCUAUGAGUUCUACAACGCACCAAUUGUCAAGUUCUGGUUUCACACGAUGGCGUACAUGGCGUUUCUCAUGCUCUUCACUUACACUGUGUUGGUGAAGAUGGAACCAAGACCGAGUGUGCAAGAGUGGCUCGUUAUCAUUUAUAUUUUCAGCACUGCUAUUGAAAAAGUCAGGGAGGUAUUUAUCUCAGAACCUGGAAAAUUCCGCCAAAAAGUGAAGGUGUGGAUUUAUGAAUACUGGAAUUUUACUGAUUCUGUAGCUAUCAUCCUGUUUAUGAUUGGUUUUGGUUUGCGCUGGUCCGACCCCCCUGUUCAAACUGCGGGGAGGCUACUUUACUGCUUGGAUAUAAUAUUUUGGUAUGUUCGGCUCCUUGAUCUUUUUGCUGUGAAUCAGCAUGCUGGCCCAUACCUGACAAUGAUUGGGAAAAUGACAGCAAACAUGUUCUAUAUUGUGAUCAUGAUGGCCAUAGUCCUGUUGAGUUUUGGAGUGUCACGAAAGGCAAUCCUUUCACCAGAGGAGCCUCCUUCUUGGUCUCUGGCACGAGAUAUUGUGUUUCAGCCUUACUGGAUGAUGUUUGGUGAGGUCUAUGCUGGAGAAAUAGAUGUCUGUGAAACCAAUGAAGACUGUCCUCCGGGCUCCUUCCUCACGCCGUUCCUCCAAGCGGUCUACCUCUUCGUGCAGUACAUAAUCAUGGUCAACUUGCUUAUUGCUUUCUUUAAUAAUGUUUAUUUUGAUUUGAAAUCCAUAUCAAACAAGCUCUGGAAGUACAACCGGUACCGCUACAUUAUGACCUACCAUGAGAAGCCAUGGCUGCCUCCACCUUUCAUCCUCCUGAGCCACAUUGGACUUCUCAUAAACCGCAUCUUUCACCAUCGGCCCCCAAAUGAGCUGGAUCAAGAGGAAGGUGACGUUGGACUAAAGUUGUACCUGAGUGAUGAGGAGUUAAAAAAACUACAUGACUUUGAGGAACAGUGUGUGGAAAAAUAUUUUCAUGAGAAGAAUGAAAGCCUGAGUUCCAGUGACAGUGAAAGGAUCCGUGUGACAACAGAAAGAGUGGAGGAGAUGUUUCUGCAGCUUAAAGAAGUGCAUGAGAAGGUAUUUUACAUCAAGGAGUCUUUACUCUCCCUGGACAGCCAGCUAGGACAUUUACAAGACCUGUCUGCCUUGACAGUGGACAUCCUGAAAGUGCUUUCAGCUGUAGACACCUUGCAGGUGGAAGGAGCCUUACUGGCUGACACAGAACAUCGAACCUGUAGGAAGUUGCCCCAUAGCUGGAGCAAUGUGCUUUAUUCCAAGACCUUGAGCAGCCUAGAGUGUUUGUAUGACAAGAAGUACCACUACUACAGCAUGCCACCCUCCCUCUUACGGAGCUUGGUAAGGAGUCAGUGGCCAUCGGAGUGCAAAGAACACAUAUUGAGGACUGAGAGUAACAAGGUGGUAGAAGACAGCUCUCAAAAGAUAGAAAUAGAAAGUGACACACUCACUUCGGGAGUAUCCUCUGAGACUAAGUCAACCCCUAGGUAUGGACAAUUUUUGUUGGUGCCCCCUGACCAUCAGGGAGGGUCUUUCUCUGAGGAUGUCACCUUAAAUUUGUCCUUUUUGAGCACUCCUGCCAAGUACAGGGACAAUGUAUUCAGAGAUGAACUGCAAAGUAGCAUUGUGGUGCAGCAAAACUUGCAGAGUGUCAACCUCAUUGGAAAAGAGCCAGAAGAUUGUCAAUGGAGCCAGAGAGAUUUUGUUACUCAUUUGCCAUCAGAAAACACUAAUGCCAUAGAGGCUGAUCAUCCUCUUGAUCUCCAGCCAUCUCUGGGUAUUGAAGAGAGUGCAGCACCCUCCUGCGAUGACAGGGAAGAAACUGAAGGUGGUUAUGUGAACUGGGGAUUCUCUGAAGGUGAUGAAAAAGGGGUUUUCAGCUCAGGGAAGAAACAAAAGAAGGCCCUGUGUAUACAUUCCACCUAUAACAGUGACUGCAAUUGCACGGGUAGUUCUCCCAGGCAUGUCCAGAUAAGAGAAUCAAAGUCCUUUUCCUACAACUCCGACAGGUCACGUCACAGCAGCAUCAUCUCUCAGAACAAGCUAAAACGAAGCACCUCCUUCUGGAUCAGCCCACUCUGGAGGGACUGGAGUUUCUGCAGGAGCAACAGCUUACAGUCCACUAAGAAAGAGAAAAGAGGGAAAACCUGCAAGGCCAUAGGUGGUAACUAUAAAACACUACACCUGUACAGUAUCUUUUACUGGGGAGCCGAAGAGUCUUUACCAGCCAGUGAGCUACACCACAGUGAGGCAACAAAAGCAAAACAACAAAACGGAGACAGAAAGUCUGGGAGAGGAAAGAAGAAUCAAAAACCCCUUCAGGUGCCGGUGAUUAGAGUGGAUGAUUGUCCCCAGAACACCCAAGUGAGCUCAGAGCCCGCAGAGAUCAAUGUCUGGGAUGAGCAAGAGAGACACAGCAAGAACUGGCUCACUGUGUCUAAUUUCAGUCAGCUAAGUUUGGAACGUCUCAGUUACAUGCACCAGAAAAUGAAAAAUCAAGACAUCGGUAGGCAUACCAUACCAUUCUGUGAUUACCUGAGGCAUUCUCGAGAGUGUAAACGAUAUGAACAGCAGUGCAGAACUGAACAGCUCAACAUAAAGCAGAGAAAGAAACAUGCAGAAAAAUGUGGCUAUUCUUCAGUAACUGAAGAUUAUUUGCUGAUUGUUGCAAUGAGCAAUGUUGCACUGAGGGUUAUUUUGUUUUAUGAUUGCCGAUCAAACCUUUAUAUCUUUGCCUGCUUGAAAACAUCUCAAGAUCUGCAUCAUCACUACUCAGCUGUUGAAAGAAACAACUUGAUGAGACUUGCUCAGACCAUACCAUUUACACCAGUCCAGCUCUUUGCUGGAGAGGAAGUGACAGUCUAUCGGCUAGAAGAAAGUUCACCUAUGAACCUUGAUAAAAGCAUGUCUUCCUGGUCCCAGCGUGGUAUGGCUGCAAUGAUCCAAGUCUUGUCACGGGAGGAGAUGGAUGGGGGUCUGCGGAGGGCCAUGAAGGUCAUUUGUACUUGGUCUGAGAAUGAUGUAUUAAAGUUGGGACAAGUAUUUAUUGUGAAGUCUUUUCUGCCAGAGGUGGUUCAGACUUGGCAAAAGAUCUUUCAUGAUGGCACAGUGUUACAUCUCUGCCUGAGGGAGAUCCAACAGCAAAGGGCUGCCCAGAAGUUAAUCUAUACCUUCAAUCAAGUGAAGCCUCAUACUAUUCCCUAUACUCCAAGGUUCCUGGAAGUUUUCCUCAUCUACUGCCAUUCAGCGAACCAGUGGCUGACCAUUGAGAAGUACAUGACUGGCGAGUUUCGGAAAUACAACAACAACAAUGGAGAUGAGAUUACUCCCAGCAGCCUGCUGGAAGAACUAAUGCUGGCCUUCUCUCACUGGACCUAUGUAUACACCCGUGGGGAACUCCUUGUCCUGGAUUUGCAAGGUGUUGGGGAAAACCUUACAGAUCCAUCUGUGAUCAAACCUGAAGACAAAAAAUCUGGAAAGAUGGUAUUUGGACCAGCAAACCUAGGCGAAGGUGCAAUAAGAAACUUCAUCACAAAGCAUCGUUGUAACUCUUGCUGCAGGAGGCUGAAACUUCCUGAUUUAAGAAGAAGUGACUACACACUGGAAAGGGUCAGUCCAGCCUUCGAAAUAGAAAUGGAGAUGAGCACCACAGGAGCUGACGACGCAGACGAGCCUUUGGAGUAUGACACGCGGCUGUGA